AUGUCCCCAAAGUGGAGCAACGCCAAGUCUGAAAGCGAGGCCUUCGCGGCCGAGGUCCGUGAAAUAGAGGCCUGGUGGCAAUCGGACAGACAGAAACACAUCAGGAGGCCGUACUCAGCGAAGUCAAUUGCUGCCCUACGAAACAUUGGAUUCAAGAUCGAAUACCCGUCCAGCGUCCAGGGCAGGAAGCUUUGGCGCAUACUCAACGAGCACAAUGACAAUGGCACUUACGAGUUGACGUUUGGCACCACUGAGCCCCUCAUUGCAAAAGAGAUGGCCAACUCAAUGCAAACCGUUUACGUAUCCGGGGCGCUCUGUGGAUUGUCGCAGGCAACUUGGCCAGGUGAAGACCACGCAGACUACCCUGCCGACUUGGUUCCAUCCGUCGUAAAGCGUAUCUUCAACACGCAACUCUUUCACGACCAACGUCAGACUCAGCUGCGGAUGAGAUACUCUGAAACCGAUCGAGAGUCGUUGGAGUGCAUCGACUACAUGCUACCUAUCAUUGCCGAUGCCGAUAUGGGAUUCGGGACACUGACUGGCUGCAUGAAGUUGACUCGUAGCUUUGUUGAAGCUGGGGUUGCCAUGAUACACAUUGAUGAUCUUGCCAUGGGUCUGAAGAAAUUCACGAAUGGCGAGGGUCGAACUAUUGUCCCCAUAUCGGACUACUUGUCCAGGUUGACGACUGUCAGAAUGACUUUCGAUACUAUGGGGGCGGACACGAUGCUCCUUUGCCGUUGUGACAGCGACCAUGCUGAGUUCAUAACGAGUGUGAUUGACCCCAGAGACCACCCUUAUGUUCUGGGAGCUACUCAACCGGUCCCCUCCUUCAUCAAGGCUCUGGAGGCUGGAAAGCUUGCUGGAAAGGAUUACCUGACAGUCAAGAAUGAGUGGAAGGUCUCGGCUGGACUAAUGACCUUUGAAGAGGCGGUCAAGUCCAUAGCGACCGAGGAGCAAUACAAUGCCUAUGUGAAAGAGGUUGAAAACACAGUUGUAGCAUUGCAAGACCGACGAGCAACCGCCAAGCAUAUUGUCGGGAAGGACAUCACGUUUGACUGGGAACUUCCAAGGACACCUCUUGGCCAGUACAUGUGGCAGUGGAGCACAAAGGCUGUCAUUGACCGAUGCAUUCUCGCAGCCCCCUUAGGAGACGUUACAUGGAGCCGUCAAGAUAAACCAAACAAGAAAGACAUGCACGAAUUCCAUACCGCCUUGAGAGAGGCUUAUCCCAACCGACUCUUUGCCUUUGGAUACACUGGUGCGUACGACUUUAGCAAGGGCGGAUACUCACUGGAAGAAGUCGACACCUUCCCCGCGGACAUUGCAAAGAUGGGCAUCGUGUGGCAGGUGCAGCCAAUCUGGGCCACCCAGGGGUUGAGCCUGCAUGCCAAGCAGUUUGCGGAGAAGUUCAAGAAGGAAGGGAUUGCCGGGUACAUGCGGGACGUGGCUGCUCCCGCCAUCGCUGGCAUGGCUACCGAUAAGUAUGGGAAGCCGACAUCUCGUGGCGGAUAUCUGGCCGAUGCAUUCUUUGAUGUCGUUGGAGGAGAGGAGAUCACAGAGCGUGUCUAA